AUGCCCCCUCCUUUUAAAUUAGAGUACCUUCCUCCUUACACUUCGUUCCUUCCCAUAAAAGAUGAUGAUCAAAAUCCUCUACAACCUCAUGAAAGGAGGAAAACGAGAAGGGGAAAGGUUGUGGAGAAUCUCAUAUUCUCACAGCUCUCGUAUCUGGCCAUCUUUAUCAUCCUAGUAUGCAUAACUGAGAGGAAACAGAUGAAGGAAGAUCCCCUCAAUUUCAGUGUGUUGAAUAUCGUGAUUGAAGUCAUCAGCGCUUAUGGAAAUGUGGGGUUUACUACUGGCUAUAGUUGUAAACGACAGAUCCAUCCUAAUGGCGAUUGCCAGGAUAAAUGGUAUGGAUUUUCAGGAAGAUGGAGCGAUCAGGGUAAAUUAGUUCUCAUAGCAGUUAUGUUUUUCGGAAGACUUAAAAAAUUCAAUAUGGAUGGAGGUAGAGCAUGGAAACUUCUGUAA